AUCACAUUCCCGUCAACUUCCCCUUACCACCUUUCUUAAAUCAAAAACUCAUUGUACAUUUAAAGCCGGCUCUGGCAGACUCACAGCUACCAUGGCCGAUCGAUUCCCCUCAUUAGAAGACUUCUCCGCUGGCCAGACUGAAAUCGUGGAGACCAACGGCACGGAUGCCGAUGACUUCCUAGCCCGCGAACGAGCUGUUCUAGGUGACGAUGCAGAGCAGUUUGCUACCCCUCAAGACCACGUUGCUACCACCGAAGAUGUAAAUGCUGGCGAUGACGAUCUACUGGGCGGUGCGGAGGACGCUCCAGCUGGCGCAGCCCCAGAGAUCUCCGGAUUUGAAUCUUCUUUCCCAGCUAUUGAGACACAGAAUGAGCAAGUUGCGCCUGGCGGCAUGAUCACUGGAACCGGCGCUCCCUUCCCGCCCACGGGCUUCUCGAGCUACCAAGCCCCGGAGGAGGAAUCUGAGCCUGUUAGGGAAUGGCGCGAAAGACGAGAUGCGGACAUUGCACGCCGUGCGGAGAUCUCCGAAGAAAAGAAGCAAGCGACUAUUAAGAAGGCCCAAGAAGAUAUCGAUGACUUUUACGUUUCCUACAACAAUAAGACCGAUAAGCUGCAUGCUCAGACUCGUGCGGAUGCCGAACAAUUCCUCGCCAAUCGCGAAGACACUUCUUCCGGAGGUACCAGCUGGGACCGUAUCGCAAAACUUGUUGAUGUCUCUGGGAAGGGCGCCAAGGGUGGUGCGAAUGGAUCUGGCAAGGAGCGUUUCCGUCAGUUGUUGGUCGAUCUGAAGAAGGAUGAGAAUGCCCCCGGUGCCAGUGGCAUCUAGAUCUUGUUUGCAUUACAAUGCAUUUAUUAUGACUUUAUUCUCCUAUCCUCCUUGCCAGGUGCAUAGCACUCGUUUCUCGAUCCAGAUACUCCUUUACACAAGUUCUCUUCAUCGGAUACUCAGUUACGGUUGCGUUUUGUUCUUUAUUUUCUUUCAACCGUGUUUUUCUAUUGGAACUUUUACUUCUUGAAGCUUAUGUAGGUAGAUAAUAUGCAAUUUGUUCCGUACAAAUCGUACGUAGGCU